AUGGACCUAGCUGGUCUUUUAACUUUACCAACCGAUACCUUUGGAGAGCAGUCAUGCGACGUCGAUUUCCCGGACCUAUUUCCUACGCCCCCCCCCCCCUCUAAUGGCAAUAAUGCUCUCUCGGGCCGAAGAACAAAGGCUGUUCCAACAGAGGUGUUUGCUAUUGGCCUGUCGAACGGGUUCCAUUGCAAGGACCUGGUGAUGGCGCUUGUCGCAGAUGAUCCUACAUUGUUGCUGUGUUACGUGGAAAGAUGGUUGAAGAUUUUUGCGGGAGAAAUAAUUCUGGAUCAUGCUUCAGAUCCUCGUAGGUUCACUGAAAACAGACCAUGGAUGUUCCACUGCGGUCUUCCCAUCGGGUCGCGCAUCCAUGUUAUCUGCUGCCGGCCGAAAUUAAAUCUCGACAACUUUGAUUUACAGUCGCUUUAUAGACCAUCAUCCCCACGUACUUUCAUCGCCGUUCUCAGUCCUCCUUGCUCUCCAGCCAACCACCGGCCACCGCUAUUCGAACGAAAUCUGCAAUCAUACAAGUCCCGAUACGAUGGCCAAUAA